GCGAGAGGGGCGUGCCCGACCCUUUUCCGAGGCGGAGCCCAACAUGGCGGCGUCUGAUGCGCCUGGCAGAUACAGAACCACUAUGAGCAAAAGCAAGGACCCCUCCGGCCUCCUCAUCUCUGUCAUCAGGACACUGUCCACCAGUGAUGAUGUUGAGGACAGAGAGAAUGAGAAGGGCCGUUUGGAAGAAGCGUACGAGAAGUGCGAUCGUGAUUUGGAUGAGUUGAUUGUUCAGCACUACACUGAGCUUACUACUGCCAUCCGCACCUACCAGAGCAUCACAGAGCGCAUCACCAACUCGCGCAACAAGAUUAAGCAGGUUAAGGAGAAUCUGCUGUCCUGUAAGAUGCUUCUACACUGCAAGCGGGAUGAACUGCGCAAAUUGUGGAUUGAAGGCAUUGAGCACAAGCACGUCUUGAAUUUGCUGGAUGAGAUUGAGAACAUCAAGCAAGUGCCCCAGAAGCUGCAGCAGUGCAUGGCAAGCAAGCACUACCUAACUGCCACAGAUAUGCUGGUGUCAGCAGUGGAUUCCCUGGAGGGCCCUCUCCUUCAAGUGGAGGGACUAAGUGAUCUGAGACUGGAGCUUCACAGUAAGAAGAUGAAUAUGCACUUGGUGCUCAUAGAUGAACUGCACCGCCAUCUUUACAUUAAAUCUACCAGUAGGGUUGGACAACAGAACAGAGAAAAGGGGAAGAAAAGUUCACUUGUGAAGGAUGUCUCUCCGGUGCCUCUCCUUGACAUGGCUAACCUGUCCACUCCUCGCAAGUUCCUUGAAUCCUCUCAGUUCAGCACCUCUGGAAACACCAGUGGGAGAGAUAUCAGCUUGAUGGAAAUCAAGGAGGAUUUAGAGAUGGAUCCUGAGGAAAACAGCUCUAUAUUUAUGGGCAUUCUCAUCAAAGGCCUGGCCAAGCUGAGGAAGAUUCCAGAGACAGUGAAGGCCAUCCAGGAUCGCCUCGAGCAGGAACUGAAGCAAAUUGUCAAGAGAUCCACCACACAGGUGGCAGACAGUGGCUACCAGAGGGGAGAAAACAUAGUCCAGGAGAACCAGCCGAGGUUACUCCUGGAACUUCUGGAGCUCCUCUUUGACAAGUUCAAUGCUGUCGCUGCUGCUCAUGCUGUUGUCCUGGGGCGUCUCCAGCAGACGGUGGCUUCUCCCUCUAGUCAGUAUGAUGGUGAUAUCAAGUUAUAUGACAUGGCAGAUGUGUGGGUAAAGAUUCAGGAUGUCUUGCAGAUGCUGCUCACGGAGUACUUGGAUAUGAAAAAUACACAGACGUCCUCGGAGCCAUCAGCUCAGCUUAGUUAUGCCAGCUCGGGAAGGGAAUUUGCAGCGUUCUUUGCAAAAAAGAAACCCCAGAGGCCUAAAACAUCUCUGUUCAAGUUUGAAUCAUCUUCCCAUGCCAUUAGUAUGAGUGCCUAUUUGCGGGAACAGAGGAGGGAGCUUUACAGCAGGAGUGGUGAACUUCAAGGAGGACCUGAUGACAACUUGAUAGAAGGCGGUGGGACAAAGUUUGUCUGCAAGCCGGGAGCCCGAAAUAUCACAGUCAUCUUUCAUCCGCUUCUGAGAUUUAUUCAAGAGACUGAGCAUGCUUUGGGACUCAGCCCAACUAAGCAGUGCCCACUCCGGGAAUUCCUCACCAUGUACAUCAAGAACAUCUUCUUGAGCCAAGUCCUGGGAGAAAUCAACAAGGAAAUAGAAGGGGUCACCAAGAUAACUGACCCACUGAAGAUACUGGCCAAUGCAGACACCAUGAAGAUGCUGGGGGCACAGAGGCCUCUCUUGCAGAGCACAGUGGUUGUGGAGAAAACCGUCCAGGACCUCAUGAAUCUGAUGCAUGACCUAAGUGCUUACUCUGACCAGUUUCUCAACAUGGUAUGCAUCAAACUCCAAGAGUACAAGGACACCUGCAUUGUGGCCUACAGGAACAUUGUUCAAUCCGAUGAAAAGCUGGUCAUCAGUGCAUCUUGGGCAAAAGACGAUGAUAUCACCAGACUCUUGAAGUCUCUUCCAAACUGGAUCAAUAUGGCCCAGCCCAAGCAGCUGAGGCCAAAGAGGGAGGAAGAGGAGGACUUUGUAAGGACUGCCUUUGGCAAAGAGUCUGAAGUGCUCAUUGGGAACCUAGGCGAUAAACUGAUUCCCCCACAAGAGAUUCUCCGUGAUGUCAGUGACCUGAAGGCCUUGGCCAAUAUGCAUGAAAGCUUGGAAUGGCUCUCUAGCCGUAUGAAGGCAGUUUUCUCCAACCUUCCAAUGGCACAAAUGUCACCUGGCCAAGAUAGCCAUGCUAACAUGGACCUCCCGCCGGUAUCCGAGCAGAUAAUGCAAACCCUGACUGAGCUAGCCCGAUCCUUCCAGGAAAUGGCUGACCGUUGCUUGCUGGUUCUGCACUUAGAAGUCAGGGUUCACUGUUUCCACUAUCUGAUCCCCUUGGCUAAGCAAGGGAACUAUGCCAUUGUUGCCAAUGUGGAGAGCAUGGACUAUGACCCGCUGGUGGUGCGACUCAAUAAGGACAUCAGCGCCAUUGAAGAAGCCAUGAGUGCUAGUCUUCAGCAACACAAGUUCCAGUAUAUCUUUGAAGGUUUGGGCCACUUGAUUUCCUGUAUUCUCAUAAAUGGGGCCCAGUAUUUCAAGCGCAUCAGCGAGUCAGGCAUCAAGAAGAUGUGUCGAAACAUCUUUAUCCUUCAGCAGAACCUGACUAACAUCACCAUGUCCCGGGAGGCAGACCUGGACUUUGCAAGGCAAUACUAUGAGAUGCUAUACAACACAGCAGAUGAGUUGCUGAAUUUGGUUGUGGACCAAGGGGUGAAAUACACUGAGCUGGAGUACAUCUAUGCCCUGAGCUUGCUGCACCGCAGCCAGACCGGCGUUGGGGACCAAACCACCCAGAACAUGAGACUACAGCGCCUGAAAGAGAUCAUCUGUGAGCAGGCAGCUAUCAAACAAGCCACGAAGGACAAGAAAAUCACCACUGUGUAAUUCACACGGCUCUGGUCCUUUCUACUGGGGGUGGGGGUGGGGAGCCAGAGUGGCUUCAUGUUUGAUUGCAGCCAAUCAAGCAUUGCAUUGUUAUGGGAGUUGCAUUGUUAUAGCAAAGCGAGGGGGGGCGGUAUAUCUCUACAGUGUGAUAUUUGGGUCUUACACCCUUUUCAUGAAAAUAUUUGCCAUUGCUUUUUGGGGGCGGUGGUUGAAAACCAUUUCUGUGGCAAGAGGAGAAUCACCAAUGUUUGUCACCAAGACAAAACUGAAUGCAAAUGACUGGUGAGUCCUUUCCUUUUGAGUUCUGACGGAUUUCUUUAGCUGAGUGUAAGGGUUGGGAACAGGAGGAGGAGGGAUGCCUGUCGUUCAUUUGAUCUAGUUGGAUCUCCUUUGUUGAGAAAAGCUGAUGAACAGUUUGAAGCUGAACUUCAACUCUCACUAUGAAAACUAGUGGAAUGAGACUCCCCUCCCACUUCAUACCGAUUAGUUGCUGAUCGUGCAAAUGCUAUCAUGAUACACAGCUGUACUUGUUUUGAAGCUUCUUCUUUUCUCAGAUAGGCUGCCGAUGGAGUUUGUCUGCCAUCUUGAAUAACAUGUAACUGGUCCAUUCGGAAAACUACGUAAACUCAUGCCUGAAAGCAGAGAAUAGAUGCUAAGGCAGAGCUGGCCAGAUACUGCAUUGGUCCAUUGCUUUGGUUUUAUUCAGACAACCAUUAGCCAUGGUAUACAGCCGGUUGUCUCUGUCGUCUAGCUAUGUAGUGAGAAUUUUGUCACUCCUGUUUCCCCAGUUUUUCAGCUGGUUGUGGAAAGAUUCUCUUCAUCAAUUAACAGCUGGCCAGCUUAGUAAAUGCCUACAUUCAUUCUGUGGUAAGUUACUACUUGAUCAAUAGAGAAGACCAUUUACUAUUUUUAGCAAAUGUUGCUGGACCUCCCUGAAGAUGUUGGCCCUGAAUUCACAAAGGUCAUUAGCUAUCGAAUAGGGAUUGUGAUUUUCUUUUGAGGUUUUUCUCUCCAAUUCAAAAGCAGAACUUUAGUCAUUGACAGCUUUCUUCAACACCUUGCAACCCAAGGGCACUUCUGGCAUUACAACAAGCCUGAGAGGUCAUGUUUGAUCACAUAGCACACUUGAUCCAUGCAGCCGAUAUGCAGUAAGUUCAUUCUAGACAGGUCCCACCUUGCUUGACAGAGAUGGCUAUAGAACCAGUGUAAGGUGUGCUGUCUGCAUGGUAGACUCCAAGCCAUCAUUGCAAGAAUAUCAGCUGGAUGUCCCCCAGAUUUCAGCUUGAGCACAACUAGGUCAUAGCCAUAGUGUGUUGGGUGAUAUCUUAAAGAUACUACGAAGCCUUUCUAUAGAGUUUUACCUCAUCAAUGCCACAGCUAACCCAGAUCUGUUCCUAAUUAUGGUGUGGUUUGCACAUCACAUGAAACCAUAGUUAAAAAUAAACUAUGGUUUAAUAUGAGUGAGCAGCAUGCUGGUGCAAGCUGUUCUGCUUUGGUCCUCCUCUGCUCCUGCUGCUGCUGGCCCCAGGAGGAAACAAGCCAGAAUAUGUGUGAACCAGCACUUGUGGUAUGUUUCUCUCCCGACAAACCAUGAGUUGGAAGCCAAGGUUUUCUCCUAGACUUACCACUCAUGGUUUGUUUGGAGGAAACAAACCACAAGUGCUGGUUCACACAUAACAUGAAGCCCGUCUCUGAUUUGUUUCCUUCCCAAUGCAGCGACAGCAGGAGCAGGGGAGGAGCAAACCAGAGACCCCUGAAUAGCUUGCAACAGCAUGCUGCUAGUUCAUACUAAUAGUUCAUAUGUUUAUUUUUAACUAUGGUUUCAUGUGAUUUGCAAACUGGGGGUCAAUGUCACUUUUCUGGCUGUUGCAGAAAAGACUUGGGUCAACCAAUUCCAUAGACACCUACCUUCCCUUCACCUUUGAGAGCCCGGAAAUCUCUGGCUGCUUGCUUAUAAUCCUGGGGGCGGGGAGGGUACAAUCCUGACAACAGUUUUGCCCUUCACUGCAGGACAGACUUCAUACAAGCUGUUUGUUGCCUCUACCUGCAGCUCAAAGUAGGAAUCACCCUGUCUGGUCGUGCUCUGUUCGCCAGCUGCUUACACUGCUUUCCUUUUGGUUCAACUGGAAAAUUAAAGGAUAGUUUUGGAGCCCUUAA